GUAAACGGGUAUGGGCCGCUAAAAUUCGUUAUACAAGUUUAACUAUUAUUUACUGCGCUCAGCUACAAUAAUCUCUCUGUGAAAUUUCCCAGAAAAAACGAGAGCAUGUCGAAGGAGAGAGGCAAAAGAGGCACACUGCCUCCAGCCCAAGAGCAAAUUGAGAAAUUUGAGAAAGUUGUAGAGGAAGGUAACUACUAUGGAGCUCAGCAGCUGUACAAAUCUAUUAGUGCAAGAUAUGUAGCUGCUCAGAGGUAUACUGAAGCUUUAGAUAUUCUUCAGUCGGGUGCAUGCAUCCAGUUGAAACAUGGGCAGGUUACAUGUGGGGCAGAGUUAGCUGCUUUGUUUGUGGAUACACUUGUCAAAGCGAGAUGCCCUUAUGACGAUGAAACCCUCGUUCGUGUCAGGACAAUUUAUAAACAGUUUCCUAAGAUACCUGUGCCACAACAGUUGGGGGAUGAUGAUGACGUGCAACGACUUUCUGAAACACUUGGGACAGCAAAAACAUGUGUUGAAGGAUGCUCAUCAUUCCUAAAAGCUGCUAUCAAGUGGUCUGCGGAGUUUGGUGCACCUAGGGGUGGGGCUCCAGAAAUACAUGUUAUGCUAGCUAACUAUAUGUACUUUGAAUCUCCUGAGGUGGACAUGGUUAGAGUUGCCCAACAUUUUGUCAGAGGAAACAACCCAAAAGAAUUUGCUUCUACUUUAGUACAUUUCAUGGGCAAGUGCUAUCCAGGGGAAGAUGAUGUGGCCAUUGCAAGGGCAAUUUUAAUGUAUUUGGCUUUAGGUAACCUGAGAGAUGCCAAUGCUCUCAUGGAUGAGAUAAAAAAGCAAGUAGAAGCUAAGCAGCUUGAAUUUCCUAAAUCCGAUUUGAUGCAGUUCAUUAAUUUUCUUUUGGAAACGAUGCUGAGAGAUGCUUUUCCUCUUUUUAAUAUGUUGAGAUCGAAUUUCAAAUCAACCUUAGACAGAGAGCCUAGUUUUCACGAGUUGCUAGAUGAAAUUGCAGAGAAGUUUUAUGGAGUAAGGCGCAGAAAUCCUCUACAAGGGAUGGGAAUGUUUGGGGAAAUCUUCAAGAUGAUGGGAGGUGAUUAGUUGCGUGAUGGAAGUUCAAGCUCUUGCAACCUUAACAGAUCCACCAAGCUACUGUUAUUAUGUGUUGAAACAGAGUACUUAUAUGUACUUGACUCUGUAGAACCAUUGUUUCAAUAGUGUUCAUUAUUAUUUUUUCGGCUGAAUUCCUGGUGUUUGUUGAUGCUGUAAUAUUAUUGUCUUCAACUAGGGGACAAUUCUUUUUUGUCUGUACCAUUUCAUAAGAAUUUAUAUGAAGUAACUUCCAAACUG